AUGAGAAUUUCUGAGGGUUCUCCAUAUCCUCCAAGCGAAUCUGACAUUCCCGAGAUCCCACGCGAUCUUGAAAAAGAAGAUGCCAUCGAAAAUCUUUCACUUCUUCCCAAUCCUCUCCCUCGACCUCGAUGCCUGACUCCAUCUGGCUUUCGAGAUGUUGCAGAAGAGCCUGGACUGCCGAAGCCGAAGCCGACUUUCCAGCAUUGCGCGUACUAUAAGCUCCCACCUGAUAUCAGAAGAUACAUUCUGAUACUGGCUUUCGGCAAUCGUCGUCUCCAUAUGGACUUCUCUUACGAUUAUCCCGACAUCUAUCCAGAGCUCAUUCAACCGUUGGAAAAGAACCAUUGUGGCAUCGCCCUGGAGAACAUGCACAGCAUCAAACUACGAGCCGUCGAUGAUACGAAGCCAAGAUCGUGGAUCUGGUGGGGGUCUGUUUGUCAUCGACUCCCACCAGAUCAUGAUGUAUCUCGAGCAGGUCCAAUGACCCAUGGAGGACCCGAUGGCCCUUGGGCUGAUACUUGUAGCGUCGGGGAAGCUCUUUACUGCGACUCUUGGCCAGGCUCAUUCCCUUCAAAGUGUUGGAUCGGUAUAAUGGGAUGGCUCUUAUCAUGUCGUCAAAACUAUGCCGAAGCUAUCGACAUCCUUUACUCUAAAAACACCAUCAUCAUGGCCAAUGAAGCAAUGAUAACUCAUCUACCUCAACUUUUGAUACCGCAUCGCCUCGCGUCCAUAACUUCACUUGAGAUAAGUUGGAAUUUGAAGUCCCGAUACGACAGCGGGAUUUGCAAUGUCAUUGAUGAGGCAGAUCUGAAGCACGUCUGUCAAAUAAUAUCCACCCAGUUCCCGCAAUUACGCCGUCUUUAUCUAUCUCUCGAGAAGUCACGGCAGCUUAGAGCUUACUACCGUGAAGAUAUCUGGUCAGCUAUCAGCCCUCACCUAGACAGCCUUGCACAAGCGAUGCCAUCCCUGACAGAACACGCCAUUUCGCUGCCGGAUACUCUUUUUAAUUCUAUCUUGUGGGACGCAAAAAGAACUGAUACCGGAUCGUAUUCCGAAAUUUGUCAUUCUUAUAAUCAGAUGUGGCGAUCUACUGACGGGGAAAUGGAUGUCAUCCAUCUCCCAUAUGUCGACAGCUAUCCAAAGGUCCCAUAUCACAUACCUUCUUCAAUCUUCAAGUACAAAGGUUAUUGGAUCCUCAACGGAACCAAAAAGUCUCACUUAUGGAGGUUUUCUACCGAGUCUUCGCCGCUGAGAGGCCCUUGCGUGCCGUCCUAUGAUUCUGAUUCCGAGCUCUAUGGAGACCUCCAGGGACUGGAGGACAUAUUUUGA